UUAUAAAUUCCCUGAUCCAUUGUUGUUACUUCUCUUUCCUUCACAUUUUCCCGAGAAAAUCUUUCCUUCCUCUUGAGGAACACGAGAUUCACAUUUUCUCCUUCUAAUUUUCUCUUUACCAUUUUCUAGGUACUUCUGCUUCUACUACUAUUUCUACUCUUCUUUCUCUGUUUGUUUCCCUAGAAAAUCUCACAUUACCUUUCUUUUUUCGUCGUUUUCGAUGAUUUCUGUAGUUCUCUGAUGGUGAGGUUAGAAGCUUACCGAAAGCCUAUAUCUUGAUGCGUUAACUUGUGUUUGGAGAGAGUCACAAUUCAUAAAUUUUGUUUCAAGAUCAGGUUUUUACCAUUUAAAGAUUAGUAGAUUAAAAAUGAGUUGGAAUCCACAUGUUGAGGUUCAUUACUAUAACACCAGCUACCCUUAUAACAGUGCUGGAAGCUUUAUGGAAUACUUUGAAGGGCUUACAUACGAACAUGUGAAUUUCAUUUUUGAUGGCGCUUCACAUGUUCAGGAAAGUGUUUACCCAUCAAUGAAUACGAAUCUGUACAAGUUUGGGUUAUCUGAAUCUGGGAGUACCUCAUAUUUCAAUUAUGGUCAUCCGUAUGAGGUCAAUUAUCAUGAAUCGCAGAUUGAUGAUUACAGAAGGCCAUCAGAGAACACAAUGAAUAAUGAACAAAAUGCAGCUGUAAAUACAGGAAGGGAAAGGAAUAGAAACACUACUACUCGUGAGAACCCUAUUGAAUGUCCACGGAGACAUCAGAACACACACGAUUAUCAGGCUGUUUGGCAAGAUGGUAUAGAUCCUGACAACAUGACUUAUGAGGAAUUACUUGAGUUAGGUGAGACUGUGGGGAGUCAAAAUCGUGGUCUUUCUCAAGAUCUAAUAGCAAUGCUUCCAAUCUCAAAAUACAAGUGUGGGUUAUUUUCUAGGAAGAAAUCAAGAAAUGAAAGGUGUGUAAUUUGCCAGAUGGAGUACAAACGAGGUGAAAGGCGCAUCACUUUACCGUGCAAGCAUGUGUACCAUGCCAGUUGUGGGGCCAGAUGGCUGAGCAUUAAUAAGGCUUGCCCCAUAUGUUACACUGAGGUGUUUGGUGGUUUGUCGAAAACGUUAGGCAACAACCAGCAAUGAACAUAAAGAAGAUAACCUUGGUAUCGAUUUCUUUCCUUCACAUAGAGAUGCUUGCUCUGUUUUCCCACUGGACAAAAAGGAAAAAAAAAAAAAAUUUGUAUUAGGUUUUUGCAAUAAAUGAAGAGUAUGCACUUCAUUGAAAAUGGACAUGUUGGAGAGGCUGAGAGGUUGUAUAGAGUUUUAGUGGUUAAAUUUCCACUUUAUUCUAUAUUUGUUUCACUUUUACCUUGAUCAUCUUGAUACCCGGUAUAGAUUUAGUGGUUUGGAUUGCAGUCUUUUUGCCUGGUCAAGUGAAUGCAAAAGAAAAUUUAUCUA